GGACAGGAUCAGAUCAGUGUGCUCAUGUUUGGAUGAUUGUGGAGAGUUUGUGUGAUUCAACAAUGAGCAGCAUCUUCAACUUGAAGGUGCUACAUCACACUUGACGGCAUUGGGAAUCUGAAGCGAACUGUAUGAUGGAUUCUUGGACAUUUUCAUUCUCACCUAGUAACCUGUCCGAGUUUCCCAUAUAUGAUGGCAUUAUGUUGGGCAACCUGUCCAAUGAGGGUGUGAGAAAUGACACUGACAACAGUUUAACCAGAACUAGCACAGUGGUCAUCACCUUCAUGUAUUUUGUGGUUUGUGCGGUCGGUCUCUGUGGAAACGCUCUGGUCAUCUACGUCAUCCUGCGAUAUGCCAAGAUGAAGACCGUUACAAACAUCUACAUCUUGAACUUGGCCGUGGCAGACGUGCUGUUCAUGCUGAGUUUGCCCUUUAUUGCCAUUCAGUUGGCGCUGGUCCACUGGCCUUUCGGGGUGGCCCUGUGUCGCAUUGUCAUAACCGUUGAUUCUCUGAACCAAUUCACCAGUAUCUUCUGCCUGAUGGUGAUGAGCAUCGAUCGGUACUUUGCCGUGGUGCACCCCAUAAAGUCCACCAAAUUGAGGAAGGCCCACAUCGCCAAGACCAUCAACCUGGUGGUGUGGGUCGUGUCGCUCCUUGUCAAUCUCCCGAUUGUUAUUUACAGCGGACUGAUCACCAAACCGGAUGGUUGCUUCUGCACCAUCGUGUGGCCGGAGCCGCAGGAGGCCUACUACACCGCCUUCAUGUUCUACACCUUCUUUCUGGGUUUUUUCCUGCCUCUCUUGGUUAUCUGUCUGUGUUAUUUACUCAUUAUCAUCAAGGUCAAGUCAUCCGGGAUCAGGGUGGGCUCCACCAAACGCAAGCACUCUGAGAAGAAGGUGACGCGCAUGGUGUCCAUCGUGGUUGCCAUCUUUGUGUUCUGCUGGCUGCCUUUCUACAUCUUCAAUGUGACAUCUGUCAUGGGCACCAUAAGCACCACGCCGUUCUUGAGGAGCAUGUUUGCCUUUGUCGUGGUGUUAGGAUACGCCAAUAGCUGCGCCAACCCAAUUUUGUAUGCUUUUUUGUCAGAGAACUUCAAAAAAAGUUUCCAGAACGUUCUGUGUAUGAAAAAGGUGGGUGGUCUGGAUGAAACUGAGCACACUGACAGCAAACAGUACAAGUCACGAAUGAUGAAUGACCCAACAAAAAUGCAAAGCACACUGUUAAAUGGAGACCUGCAAACCAGCAUUUGAGAAAAUCAUAAAGCAAGCAACUCUGCAUUGAUACAGUUUGUGCCACAGAAUGGACAAAUGGGCCAAUCUGAAAACUUAAAACAACUGUUGCAUAAAGGACGGUUUUAAUGUUCAUCUGAGAGACAUUUUGAUUUCCGGUGUUGUGCUGAAAUCUGACUGCCCGCCAGAUUCUUACACCCCGCUACCAGAUUGGCCCUUAUCCCUAAAGUUCACCCCUACACCCACCCCUAACCUCAUUGGUCCCUACCCCUAAAGCCCACCCCUACAACAUAAGGACACUCAGGAGUCAAAAUUCAGCACUACACCAGAACAUAUUGGUGACAACAAUAGUGGAACUGCUAAUGAAUGUAUAUUUAGGCAUGAAAAAGAAAACUGUUUAUGUAAUUGUGACUUUCAGUAACUGGCAUGUACAGUAUGUAGUUUUAUAUUGGCCUUUUUUCAUAUUUAUCCCAAGAUAACAGCAUCAUAUUAUGGUGUAACGUUGCAAAAACUGUAUAUUGUUCACUGUAAAAAUGUUGCUGGUUUUUUCACUCUUUAUAUAAUAGUUAGUUUUAGAAAAGCACAGUCACUGUCUGACCAGUAACUAAAUGCUGCUAGACUGUAUAGACCUGCAUUUUGUUAUAAUGUGUUAUCGCCGUCUUACCACAUUGAAAACAACAUUGAUUUUUUUUAGUUUUUUUUUUUUUCGAUUAUGAAGGACAAUAAGUCCUGUACAUUUAUUGGUCAAUUUGCUAGCUGUUAUUAAUUUAGCCAAAAUAAUGUCAUUUUGUAGAUUUUGUAAAAGGGUUUCUCUCAUAAUUCCCCAAAUAUGCCAUGUAACCCAGUGAGAAUCAAUAUAUUUUAGCUUACCAAAUAGAGUCUGAGGAAAAAUUCGGGUCUGUACCCAACUGAACCGACAUGCUUUUAAGGUCAAAUGUUAAUCUGCGAGAUCUCAGAGAUUUUCCACAUCUUUACACAGAUGUUCAUUUAAGAAGCAGUACAACCUGAACUCAAGUUCAUGCUGACAUCAUACAGGGAUGAAUGUACCAAAACGAUCCUGGGCAAACGAUCAUUCAGACAUGCACAAAACAUUUCCUGCCUAUAUUAUUUGCAUAGCUAGCAUAGAACAUCUGUUUGCAGCUAUAUGUGCCUACACCUCAUGCUUGCUGUGUAAACAUGUUGAACAAGUGUUCUUGUUCAAAAAUUUACCUGUUGCAAGACGCUCUCUCAAGCAAGUCCAUGUUUCUCUGUCCAAAAUAACUGUUUUUUAAGCUUUUGUGCAAUAUUUGCAAAUUUGUCAUUUGAAGCCAAGCAGCGCUGAUGCUCCGUGUAGGCUUUUGACACAUGUAUUUUCCUAUGAGUGAGAUGUGGCAAAAUAAACCUGCCCUAAAUAUAUAACCAACUUCGUCCACAGAAUGUGACCAUCACAAUGUCAGGUACUUUCGAAAUAACACCCUACCAUCAGAAAGAAUUCCCUUCAGUUUUCAUGUUUGUCAUAAAUUCUCAUUAUAAAGUAUGACUGAGCAUCUUGCAAUGAGCUUUAACUGUGCCUCUAAUCACAUUAAUCGAGUUGCGAAUGGAUCUACAGUAUGUUGUGAAAACUUGAGUUUUCUUGAAACUUUGGCACAGCAAUGUUUUAAUGAGUAAGCAGAUUUUUUACUAGGUAAAAACCUACAUUUACCACAUGAUGCUGUGUUAGAAAGCUAUGUGAUCAGUAUUAAAGAUGUCUCAUAGCUAAGAAACAAUCAAGUGUCAAGUGUCAACAACACAAAGCCCUGCCUGAUCAGUGUGAUCGAGCACCACCCUCUGGUCACACACAACUACAGUUUAUGUG